CGGAAGUUGGCACGUUCAGCGGUAGAAAGACUGGAGACGCCAGCCUCGACGGAGACCUUUGACUGUAUGUAUAAAACGGCCAAUACUACGAAGAAUGUCAACCAUGUCCGCUGCUUUUUACAUCUGCCUUCUCUGUUUGGGCUUCCAAACCAACACCGUCGGAGCACAGCUGCCUGCGCCAGACAACUUGACCAUGAUCACCAUGAACACCAAUUAUACACUGAGCUGGGAUUGGGACCAGAGAUCUGCAGAGAGUCACGCUGUCAACUUCACCACACAAUAUGUUGCGAAGUUCAAGCUGAAGUCUAAGAAAAAGAGUCCGAGCUGGAAUAUGGCUUGUGAGAAGACGUCACGUAGGUCAUGUGACCUUACAGAGUUGAAGCUGUACUACCUGGGCAUCUACAUGUUUCGUGUACAAGCCAAUGUGAACGGGCGUUUCUCUGAGUGGGUGCUGAAGGAGUUUUGCCCUGAUAAAGAUGCUGCUCUGGGUCCUCCAUCCAAAGUGGGUCUUUCUCCUGCUGGAAGUGACCUGGACAUUUUUAUCUCUGACCCUCUGACCAGCACUAACAGCUCCAUGAAGGAGCAUCAUAGUGAGCUGUACUACCACAUCCUCUACUGGGAAAGCUCUGUAGACACACAGGCCUUCAGAACACAGACUUUGACAAGCAGUGCCAACGUGGUGACUUUGUCAAACCUUAAGGCCUGGACUAGGUACUGUGUGAGCAUCCAGUCAUGCUAUGACUUCUACAACAAGAGCAGCAGCUUCACCUCAUCCCUCUGCAUGCAGACUGAAGGUUCCACUCCGUGGUGGCAGAUCGUUGGGUACUUCCUGGUCUCUCUGGUGAGCUGCUUCUUGUUCAUGCUGCUCUCACUCUACAGCUCCUUUUGGGGCUACAAGUACCUAAAGUCAACAUUCUACCCCUCCGUCCAGCUGCCUACUCACUUCCAGUAUCUUUGUGACUCCUCUGGGUCUGACAUUCCUGGCCUCCUCACCCCAGAUUCAGACUCCGAGCUGUUAUGUGAUAAGGUGUCUGUCUGUUCAGAGCUACCGGUCCUGGAAAUCCACAACGCUCCUCCAGAGUUUCUGCCGGCGCCCCCAUCAGGACUGGAGCAGGACAGCAGUGGCAGACACAGUCGCCAGGACAGCAGCGGCAGUGGAGACUCAGGCGUGUACUCCACGGGGGGCAGCGCCAACUUGCAGCAGCCCAACACCGGCCAAGACUCUGGGAAGAGCCCCGUUGACUUGGAGCAGGUGAAGAUGCAGGACAUGGCUCCAGGGCUCAAGACUCAACUUCUGUUCGCAGACGAGGGCAUUGUAGACAUGUGUGUCUGAAGGCAGGCACGCAAAUAGACGUUUGUUGGGAAGAGCAUUAAGCAAAGAUAUUAAGGAAGAUGGAGGUUUGUGGAAAAUGUGCAUUGUGCCUUUUCUCCAGCUGUCACUGUGAAACAAGGGGAGGAAAGAAAGAAAUCAGAAGGCUCAAGAUGAUGAGUUACAGACUCAAAGUGAUGUUUCCAACUCCCAGGACUGGUGAGGUCUUCACUGUUGACGCAUCUCUCUUUACAGAUGCUUUUGAAGAUGCAGACCCUAACCAGGAAGUACUGUUCCAUGCUGAUUUUAAUAUGUUGUACAUUUCCUUCACCUUGUGUCCAACAGCAACUGUCUUCACCGUCACGCUGUGAGUGGUUGCUGAAUGUGGGCGAGAGGAUUAGAGUCUAUCUGUGUAGCAGUCUGCUUUAAUAAUGGUUUUAAGAGUCAAAUCAUGUUUUUUUUAUCUUCCUGUCCUAUUGCUUUAAUGAGGUAACAUAAAUAGCUUAAAGGUGCUAAUAAGGUUUGAAUAAAUCUAAGCAGAAGUAGUCACCCAGUGUGACUUCAGAACAGUAGAUGUGGGAGGCUUUGAAUGGAGUUGACAACCUCUUGAAACAGGAGCUCUGUGUUCAAUGUUGGUUUUGGAGGCUGGCGUUUGUGGGGCUGUUUAACUGUAUUGUGUCUGUUAUUAGGCCAAAAGAAAAGAAGACCUGUAGGAUAAUAAUGCAAUACAAUUCAACAGUGCUGGGCAUUGCCAGUGAAAGUUGAGACCUACGGACAUUGUGAUGUUUAAUAUUUAAAUGUGUGUGUUGUUGAGAAGAACUCUUCUUUAAACAGGCUUUUUGGACCUAAACAGGGUUUGGUUUGCAGUUGAUGAGCACUCCAUACAAAACAGCUACUUGAUGAGUUUCUCUACAUAAAAUGAACAUACUAUAUUACAUACUUAACUGUUGUGUUUCUGUGUGGAAAAGAAAUGAAGGACUUUUUCAAUUUUCAUCAUCCAAUCAGUAAAGAAAUGCAAUCUGAUUUAUACCCAGAUAAAACAUUAAUGGUGACUAUAAGCAAGGUUUUGUUUUUUAUGUGCAUAUAUUAACUUAUUAUAUGUGCCUCAAGCAUUUGAAUACAUUUAUGAUUCUUAUAGAAUCUUGGUACUAUACUAGUUUAAAGUUUAAUUUCAUUUGUAUCAAAUAUUUCUUUCUCAGAUUUGUCACUGGAUUAUUUCCAACUCUGUUUUCAUGUUUGUUUUUAUGUUUUGAGGAAGAAAACAGAAGUUGCGUCUCCACUUCCAGUUCUACACAGCCUCAGUUGUUCCUGUUGUUUCCCUCACAUGUAUCUGUGUCCACAAAGACAGAAAGAAGCUUAGCAAACAUAUUUUGUGGGGGGAAAUAGAGAGGGAAAGGGGUGUCGGUGUACUUGUACAGUUUAUUAAACAACUUCCAUCUGCUUUAUAACAACAAAUUGCCUUUUCCUGAAUCUGCAAGGCUACAGUAGGACGUAUGGGUGACAUGAGGUGGCAAGUGAAAAACACAACUGAUCUGCAUGUAGAAUGUGAUGCUAACACAACGAAUAUGAAUUCAAGGCACAAUGUGCACUUUUUUUAGGGUCUUCAAAUAAUUACAAUCUAUUAAAUGCAACAGGCUUUCAAAGCUUUUAGAAAACUAUCUGGACAAAGUUUGAUUGCAUCCUUUAUUGCAAUUGCCAAUCUGCAUUGCCUCAACAUGUUGCCCAUCACCGUCCACUGCAACUUGAAGUUGUACAGAAGCAUAUUGUGAAGUAGUGAAGUGAGUGGUGAUGUCAGUGUACGUCUCUGGCCUCACAUCCACCAACUAUUGCAUCUAUAGCCCCGUGUUAAUGGACAAUCAUGAAAAUGAAAUAAAUCUCUUCCAAUACCAAA